GCAGGGCAUGCCGGGGAUUGUAGUCAGGGACGUCCCGCUGCACCGCCCUCCACCCGAGUUCCCGGGAGCCCCAGGUCGAGGUCGCUGCUCGACCCCCAGCCCGAACUGGCGGCUUCCCAGUCGGGUCGGCGCGAGGCGCCAGAGGACCCGCCCUGAGGCUCAUGGCAGCGCCGGUCCGCCUGGGCCGGAAACGCCCGCUGCCCGUUUGCCCCAACCCGCUCUUCGUACGCUGGCUAACCGAAUGGCGGGACGAGGCAGCCAGUAGGGGGCGCCGCACGCAAUUCGUGUUUCAGAAGGCGCUGCGCUCCCUCCGGCGGUACCCACUGCCUCUGCGCAGCGGCAAGGAAGCUAAGAUCCUACAGCACUUCGGAGACAGGCUCUGCCGUAUGCUGGAUCAGCGGCUGCAGCAGCACAAAACAUCAGGCGGUGACCAUGCCCCGAGUUCACCAUCUGGAGAGAAGAGUCCAGCCCGGGAAGCGCCCCUUGCCAGAGUCCAGGACUCUUCCAUGCCAAUUCCAGGCCAGCCCAAAGCAGGAAGCUCAGGCAGCUACUGGCCUGCGCGGCACUCGGGCGCACGUGCGGUGCUGCUACUGCUCUACAGGGAGCACCUGAAUCCUAGUGGCCACAACUUCCUAACCAAGGAGGAGUUGCUGCAGAGGUGUGCCCAGAAAGCUCCCAGGGUGGCCCCCGGGAGUACUCGGCCCUGGCCAGCCCUCCGGUCCCUCCUCCACAGGAACCUGGUUCUCAGGACACAUCGGCCAGCCAGGUACUCCCUGACUCCGGAGGGCCUGGAGCUGGCCCAGAAGCUUGCUGAGUCAGAGGGCCUGAGCUCACUGAAUGUGGACAUCGGGCCAGAGGAGCCCCCUGGAGAGGAGCCAGAAGUGCCAGGAGCAGCAUCUGCUGAGCUUGGCGCCAGCGAAGGGAGUGCCCAGGAGCCACCACUGGAGCUCAGGCCUGGAGAGUACAGGGUGCUGUUGUGUGUGGACAUUGGUGAAGCCAAGGGGGCGGGGCACAGGCCAGGGCUGCUCCUUGAGCUCCAGCGGCUGCAUGUGACCCACACGGUGCGCAAACUGCAUGUCGGGGACUUCGUGUGGGUGGCUCAGGAGACUAGGCCCAGGGACCCAGCAAGACCUGGGGAGCUCGUCCUGGACCAUGUCGUGGAGCGCAAGCGGCUGGACGACCUCUGUAGCAGCAUCAUAGAUGGCCGCUUCCACGAGCAGAAGUUCCGGCUGAAGCGCUGCGGCCUGGGCCACCGCGUGUACCUGGUGGAGGAGCACGGCUCAGCGGACCGCCUCAGCCUUCCUGAGAGCACGCUGCUGCAGGCUGUCACCAACACUCAGGUCAUCGAUGGCUUCUUCGUGAAGCGCACAGCGGACAUUAAGGAGUCGGCUGCCUACCUGGCCCUCUUGACACGGGGCCUGCAGAGACUCUGCCAGGGCCAUACCCUCCGCAGUCGCCCCUGGGGAGCCUCAGGUGACCCUGAAUCAAGGCCAGGGUCCUCCCCAAAUCCUCUCUGCUCACUCCUCACCUUCAACGACUUCAACGCAGGGGCCAUCAAGAACAAGGCGCAGUCCGUGAGGGAGGUGUUCGCUCGGCAGCUGAUGCAGGUGCGCGGAGUGAGUGGGGAGAAGGCAGCAGCCAUCAUGGACCAGUAUAGCACCCCUGCCAGCCUACUGGCCGCCUAUGACGCCUGUGCCACCCCCAAGGAACAGGAGAUGCUGCUGAGCACCGUCAAGUGUGGCCAACUGCAGAGGAAUCUGGGGCCCGCUCUGAGCAAGACCUUGUCCCAGCUCUACUGCUGCUCCGGCCCCCUGACCUGAGCUUCACCGUGAGGAUGACUCUCCCCCCCCCCGCCCACCUUCACAGUCUAGCCAGCGUUUUACUCUGAAUCUGUUGGGCUACAAUAAAAAUAAAAGUAUUUGCAGCUUUA